UCUAUCUCUAAAUUUCUCUUCGUCUCUCUUUAUAAAAAUAUUCACUUCUGUGUCAAUUUUUCUCGCUGAAAUCCAAGUUCUAAGCGGUCACCGCUGAUUCACUGCAUCCUCGAUAGAAGUCCUAGACCAAAAUUUAAGGCAAGGUCUGGGCUAAUGGGGGCCUCAAGCUCCAAAAUGGAUGAUGAUAAGGCACUCCAACUGUGCCGUGAAAGGAAGAAAUUUGUUAGGCAAGCACUUGAUGGGCGUUGCACGUUAGCAGCUGCUUAUGUUUCAUAUGUCCAGUCACUGAAAACUACAGGAACAGCUCUGAGAAAAUUCACUGAACCUGAAGCACCAAUUGAAUCUUCCCUAUACACUUCAACUAAUGCAACGCCAGAGCCACAUGCUUUUACUGAGAAGACCAUGUCCCAAUUCUCAUUCUCUUCGCCAUCUGUGUCACAACGCAUUGAUACAACUGAAAACUUUUCUCCAACUCCCUCUCCUCCUAGCUCUAGUAAGUUCCAAGCAAAUCAUAUGAAAUUUAGCACUGGUUCUUCUAAAAAGGUUGAAGAAAAACCACCGGUACCUGUUAUAGGAAGAGUAUCAUCAUUAGGUACUCCACAAAAUCCCACCCCUCGUUCUACUGAAAGGUCUGAAACAUCAGCAUUUGAAGAUUCUUCUCUCCCAGUUGAAAAUCCACCAUGGGAUUUUUUCGGUCUUUUUCAUCCUAUUGACCAUCAAUUUUCUUUUCAAGAAGGGAAGGGCAUGCACCAAGAUAUGAGGAAUGCUGAUGAUAUUACACAACUAAGGGAGGAGGAAGGAAUUCCUGAGUUGGAAGAUGAUGAAGAGAAGGUUUCUUCUCUUGGAAGAGAAGACUCUCAGGACUCUGAAGAUGAAUUUGAUGAUGAGCCUUCCUCAGAUACCCUAGUCCGAAAAUUUGAGAAUUUUAAUAGAGUUAAUGACAGUGUUCAAGCCAAUGGAUUACCUGCCACAAAUAAGCCUAAGACAGACGGUCUAACUUCUGAAGUUGACUUUGUGAAUGGGGAGAAGGGGAACUCUCCUGAUGUAUCAUCAUUAAAGACAGCAACUAAAGUAGCUGUGCUUCCAACCGAAACAAAUAAAUCAAUGGAGAAAGAAAAUCACACUGAAAAUAAAGUUGUCCCUAAGGAUUUCUUUUCAAGCAUGAGAGAUAUUGAAAUCCUCUUUGUUAAAGCCUCUGAAUCUGGUAAAGAGGUUCCAAGAAUGCUUGAAGCAAAUAAAUUGCACUUUCGUCCUAUAUUUCCAGCAAAAGAAAAUGGUUUUGUGGCAUCCUCAUUUUUGAGGGCAUGUUUCUCAUGUGGUGAAGACCGAAGUCAAGUUCCAGAGGAACCUGCUCAAGACUCAGUGAAGUACUUAACUUGGCAUAGGACAAUGUCGUCUCGAUCCUCUUCGUCCAGAAACCCUUUGGGAGCAAUCUCAAAAGAUGAUAUAGAUGACCUUACUAAUAAUCUCUUUGAUAAUUUCUGCAUGAUCUCUGGAAGUCAUGCAUCAACCUUGGAUAGAUUAUAUGCAUGGGAAAGAAAGCUCUAUGAUGAAGUCAAGGCUAGUGGGGUGAUCAGAAAGGAAUAUGACAUGAAGUGUAAAAUGUUAAUGCAUCUAGAAUCAAAAGAAGUAAAGACGUCUACAAUUGAUAAAACUCGUGCCAUAGUCAAGGAUCUGCAUUCUAGAAUAAGGAUUGCAAUUCUUAGGAUAGACUCUAUAUCAAAGAGGAUUGAGGAAUUACGGGAUAAAGAGCUUCAGCCACAGCUUGAGGAGUUGAUUGAAGGGUUAAGUCGGAUGUGGGAGGUGAUGUUUGAUUGUCACAAGCUUCAGUUUCAGAUUAUGUCAACAGCGUAUAACAAUAGCCAUGCUAGAAUCACAAUGGAUUCUGAAUUACGUAGACAAAUUACUUCGUAUCUUGAAAAUGAACUCCAUUAUCUAUCAUCAAGUUUUACCAAGUGGAUUGGAGCCCAGAAAUUCUACCUGGAGGCUAUAAAUGGAUGGCUGUACAAAUGUGUUUCUCUUCAACAAAAAACAGCCAAGAAAAAAAGGAAGCCUCAACCUCCACCCCUGACAAAGUAUGGUCCUCCAAUAUAUGCCACCUGUGAUAUCUGGUUGGAAAAGCUUGGUGAAUUACCUAUCCAGGAUGUUGUGGAUUCUAUAAAGAGUUUAGCAGUGGAAACUGCCAGGUUCUUACCACUGCCAGAGAAGAACCGGGGUAAAGGAACAUCUUGGAAAGCUGAUAUUGGUAACGAAUCAACGGAUAAUCUAUUGAGAGAUGACACUUCAGAGGACUGGAUUUCAGGUUUUGAUCGAUUUCGAACAAGCUUGAUUAGAUUUCUUGGUCAAUUAAAUAAUUUUUCUGGGUCUUCUGUCAAGAUGUACACUGAACUCAGAGAAGCCAUUCAGAAUGCUAAGGGUAAUUACCAUAAUAUAUCUCAUUUGCAUUCUCAAUCUCUAGAUGAUCAUUCCAAGUCACAACCUCAAGUUGCUAAGUCUGAGAAGAGAGACUCCAAACAAUAAGAAAAGAAUUGCACUGAACAUUGUGGAGUUGCAGUGUUAUAGCUUUACUCAUGAAUGUUGACUUUCAGACACAAGUCCAUUGGAUGUGGCAUUUGUACAUGAAGAGGACGGAAUAAAUUUUUUACUGGUUGGUCAUACUUUAUAUGAUAGUUUCAUCUUUUUAAUACUACUAGGUGAAAGCUGUAAUUACUAGGUUCUGUUCAAGAGUAACAUAUGCUAUGAGAAGGGAACUUGUAUAGUGUCAUUUUUGUAAACAA